GUACGAAUCGAUUCUAUAGUCUAGUCGAUGCAGCGUGCAUCACUAGUUUAGUGUUAGUGCGCGCACGAGUCCGCACGCGCGCUAUGAACAGUCAUGGACGACUGGUGGUUACUAGAACGCGAAUACAACGCGUACGACUACCCUUAUCCUUGCUACCCGGAUAAGGAAGUCCAACCUGUGCCUGCGCAGUUCGAUCCGCAGUUCAAUCCGGCGCCGGCGCUGACUCUCCUCCUCUCGCCCAACCAACCAGAGAACGCACCGAAAUGCGACAACCCACGCGAGAUCCGCAACCGAGCGGAGAAGCAGCGGCGGGACAAGCUCAACCAGUCCAUCUCCAAGUUGGCCUCCAUGGUGCCGCCCGUGGUCAGGCCAGGCCGGAAGAUCGACAAGACCAGCGUCCUCCGCCUUACCGCACACUACUUACGCUCGCACCAAUACGUAUUUGGCGACUCCUUCGACCCUUCAACGCAGUUCACAACGGGCUUCACGAAGACCCUUCUGAGAAUGCUAAAGGGCUUCCUAAUAACUACCACGUAUAAAGGCAUCAUUGUCGUCGUGUCUCCCAACAUACAGGAGUAUCUGGGGUAUACUGAGCUUGAGCUGCUUGGCCAGAACAUAUUCAACAUUGUCCACGAGGGUGACCACAUGCUGUUGAGGGAACAACUCCUCCCGAUGACAUGCAUGUUGGGUAACAACGGGGAAUUACUGCUCCCUGAGGGACCCGACGCCCAGAAACGCGUCGCUGAUCUGUUGGCUAAUGAUAAAAGGGCGUUUAUUAUAAGAUUCAAAAAGCUGACGCAGCAGCGCUCGGAGCCCCCGCAGUAUGUCACCUGUCAUGUCGAGGGUUCCCUCAGGAAGUCCGAUCGGGCCUGCACCAGGAACAGCAGAUAUUGCCACAUCGUCCGCCGCGUGAGGUCCAGAGGAGAGAACCACUGUCCCAGCGGGAAUGAUGUGGUGUUUAUCGGUCUCGUUCGCCCGACAGUCGAGAGUUUCUUCUCGGAGAGUGCUCUGGAAUCCUUCCGCAUGGAGUAUCGUACUCGUCACUCAGUCGACGGAGAGAUCAUACAGUGCGAGCAGCGAAUCGCGCUCGUCACUGGAUAUAUGACUCAUGAAGUUAACGGCGUCAACGCCAUGAACUUCAUGCAUCGUGACGACGUGCGCUGGGUCAUCAUCGCGCUGAGACAGAUGUACGACCAGAAUCGUCUUGUCGGUGAGUCCUGCUACCGGCUUAUGACGAAGAACGGACAGUUCAUAUACAUGAGAACGUGCGGCCAAUUGGACGUGGAUCAAGCCUCGAAGGCUGUCACCAGUUUCGUCUGCACCAACACCGUGGUCGACGAAGCAGAAGGGAAGAGACUGAUCAAGAACAUGAAGAAGAAGUUUACGCUCAUGAUGAAUAACAGCGAGGAUACGGGCAGCGAUGAGGAGAUCAAGGAGGAACAAAGUGACGGGGCUCCAGCCAUAGAAGACCCGCGGCAGCUGCAAAAAGUUAUUCUUCAUCUGGUGACAGAUCUUUCGACCCCACAGCCGACCGACGAUUCGCAAUCACUAUGCCGCUUGGCGAUCAUCCCCCCCGGCCGCGAUAGAAUCGUCUGCGCUAUCAAAAAGAGCUAUAGCGUAAUAAAGAAUCUACCCGACCCGAGCAAGAUGGAGAAAGACGAAAAAACGCGGGAUGCUGGCCAAGGGCCCAGCAAGUCGCCCGGACCCGGACCUGCAUACCAACUCAUGGAAACCGAUUCUGACAUUGACGACACUUCGAGCAGCUUAUCGGACCCCCAAUUUACUGGACUGAGUCGACGACGAAAGACGAGGCCCCAAAAUCUACAGCUGGGGAAAUACAAGCUCCUCAGUACGAAUAAGAAAGAUAAAAAGCCAAAAGUUAAAAAACCCGGCACUCCCCGACCUACGGACCUUAAACGAGACAGCACCACGAUACUAAAGGACAAACUUUCGGCAUUCAGACUGCAAGCUGUUCACGAGGGACCCAGCACGUACAAGGUUGAUGACAGCAACAGCAGGCUAAUGAUCGCUGGCAAACGAUCAUCUGAUGAGCUGUCGGACGACGAGACAAAGGUAUCUAGAAACGAUGCCGACAUCGCCGCGGUCGCUUGCGUUGACGAUUCAAAUAUUUGUGAUAUUCCAGAUAUGGACGCCGUCAUAGAAACAGUUUUAAACUCCGAAGACUGUUGUAAGUUCGAGCUAGCGGUUAUUCCAGAUUUUGAUAAUUUAUGUGCCCAAGAAUUACUCCUGGACUUCGACGAAAGUAGCAUGGAUAGCCGGUCCAGCCGCGCUCUGCACGACCGUUCCAAGACCACAUGAUGUUUUAACUUCAAGGGCUUCUUCGGCUUACGGAAGAAGCGCCAUUAAACGGCUAAUUACGUAUCCAACCUCUGAACUACUUCGUGAUCUAGAUUUCAAAGUUCGUGAUUUAUAUUUUAAAUUUCUGGAUGUAUAUCCAGAAAUUUAAAAUAUAUAGAUCAAGUA